UUUAAAAUUUCAAACAGUCAAAAAAGAAUGUCUAAAUAACCUAAAUAAGUAUGCCAUCAAUUUCAUUCUUAGAGUCUUUAUGAAGCAUUUAGUAAACAACUUAAACCUUAAAUGAGUACAACUUUAUCAAACCUUAAACCAGUUGUAAAUGAACGUCCAACUACAGCUAAACCACUCCAAAAUUUAUCAAAUGCUCCAGUUCGAACUUAAGAAGAUUAGACUAAAAAAACAGUUGGGAGAUCUCCUUAAAGAACAGCAUUUGAAAGACCUACUGCUGAAAAUAAACAAAAUCAAUAAGAAAUUGAUGAAAGACCCAUACCAAAAGUACUGUAGAAAGGAAAGUCGCCACAACCAACUUAAUAGUUAUAAAAUUAAAAUGAAAUGAUUAGAAUCCAAGAUUAACGAUAAUUUGAUGAUAGACCAUUACCUACAAGCAAGCCAUCACUUGAUUCAUAGUUAUCAAUAAAUCAGAAUAGGCAAUUCUAAAAUGGAAAGUAAGCUAGUACAACAUAACCCACAUAAUCUUAGUAAUACUUCAAAGCAUAACCGAAUAUUUAAUAAACCGCUAAUCAAUAAUAAUAAAAUGUAGUUAAUAAUAAGCAAUAACUUCCUGCAUAAUAGCAAUAAUAAACUCGAUUAUCUCUUUAAAAUACUCAAACUUCAUAGACUUAAAGACCAUAAGUUUAAUAAAACUAAUAACAAUAGAUUUAGCCUUAGCCUUAACAAUCCUAAUCUACUAAAUCAUAAGCAUAAUUUAAAUAGAAUUAAUUUGAAGAUUAAAAACCUUAAUAAUCUUCUUAAGGAUAAUCAAGAUAAUAGAAUUAAGAAUUUUAAUAAAGAUAAUAAUAAAAUAUAGAUUAAACAUAUUAAUAAUAAAGAUAAUAAUAAUCACAAUAUUAAUAAUAUUAAUAAUCUUAAUAAUAAUAAUAUUAAUAUCCUUAAUAAUAGUUAAGAACAACACCAUAAGUACAAUAAUAAGGUUAAAUAUAAAAUUCAUAAUAAUCAUCGUAUUAAUAAUAUUAAUAAUCCUAGUAGUAACAAAUGUAAAAUAAAUAGUAGAAUGUAAAAUAAUCAGGAAAUAAUUAAUAAUAUGAUAUCCGAGGAUAAUAACAAUAAUAAAGUUAAUAGUAAUAAUAACAAUAGUAUCAAUAAUAAUAAUAAGCAUAAUAAUAAUUUUAAGAAUAACCAAUAAAGACAAGAUAAUAAUAAUAAUAAUAACCAUAGUUUUAAUAAUAAACACAAUAACCCUAAUAGUAGAUUCAAUAAUAAUAACAAAAAAGCUAAGUGCCUCCAAUGGAAUAAGGAGAAGAUGAUAGAUUAUUUGAAUGUCCAGAAGGGUGUGGUAGAUCAUUUAAUAAGAAAGCAUUGGAAAAGCAUUCAAAGGUAUUAGUAAAUAUUAAUUUGUAGAUUUGCUAAAAAGUAUUUUAAUAAAAGAGAAAGGUAUUUGAUUCUCAGUAAUAAAGAUAGUUAGAAGAAGAGGAAGAGGCUUAUAGACCUCCUCCUCCCUCAUAAAAAAAAUAGCAAUAAUAAUAAUAAUAAUAAUAAAAGUAGAAUAAAAAGCAAACUGAGAGUAAGAGUGAUAAACCAAAAUGGAAAGCUUAAAGUGAAGCAUUUAGGGCAAUAAUAAAAUAAGGAAAAGGAGAGUAAUUAACAAAGGAAGAACAAGCAUCAUUGAAGAAUGCUAUGGAUGCUACUUAAGAUUUAGUUUAGUGCAAAUUCUGCAAUAGAAAAUUCAAUUCAGAGACUGCUAAAAAGCACAUAGCUUUUUGUGAAACAAAAGCAAAAUAGGCAGUAACUUAAAAGAAAAAGAAAUGA